AUGGCGGUGCGAUCAACGCUCGCCUGUCUCGUGCUGCUGCUCGUGCAUGUGGUCCUCGUGACGCUGUAUGCGUCCGCCUUUGCGCUGCUCUUGCCGUUUGGCCGCGCGCGCAUUCGCCGAUGCAUUGCGGCGUACUGUCUUGUCGACUGGGUCGACCUGUUGAGCGUUCUCUUUCCUGUCGCCACGUUGACGCUCAGUGGCGACGCGCCUCGGACAGCGACCGCAGCAACGCCGAUCGUAUUGGUGGCCAACCACCAGGUUGACGCCGACUGGUGGUACCUGCAGCAGUAUGUGCGGCUGGUCGGCGCCGUGCCGCAGCUCAAGCUUUGUAUGAAGAGCUCGCUGGCGUACGUACCCUGCAUGGGCUGGACGAUGGCGCUGCUUGAAUUCCUCUUCCUUCGGCGCGACCUGGUCCACGACAAGCCGCACGUCCAGCAGUACAUGGAGUCGUUUGUCGAAGACGCCUUCCCCGUCUGGCUCAUGCUCUUUCCGGAAGGCACAACGAUCCACACCGAGUGCGUGACCAAGUCUCAGGCGUUUGCGACUGCGCAAGGCCGGCCAACGCUCGAGCGCGUGCUGUUGCCGGGCGCCGCGGGGCUGCAGCUCCUCCUUGACGCGUAUGCCAAUACGGACGUCAAGCCCGAGAUCUACGACAUCACGAUCGGCUACCCAAGUUACGCAGGCGAAGUGCCGACGUACGAAAUGGCCGCAACGUCGACACGGGUGUGCCCUCCAUGCAACGGCUGGUCGCGGGCGAUGGGCCGGCGCUCGUGCAUCUGCACAUCACGUGCCACGCCUUUGCAACCGUCGCCAGCAACCAUCGUCGGGUUUCUGGAUCGUCAGUGGAGUCAGAAGGAGCACUGGCUGGCGCACUUUGCACAGCACGAGAACAGGCACGAUGCAGUGCUUUGCAACGACAGCCACAGUCGUCGCGCCACCACUGGUACAAUUUGA